AUGGAAACGAUCUAUCGCUACUGGACGAGGAGCGCGCCCACAUCGUCCGGCGGUUCAUCUCGAAGCCGGCAACGUGGAGAAUUCACCGACGAGAAGUACUCUGUCGUGUACUACUACCAAAUGCUGGCCGACUCGCGGAAAAAUGGCACGGAGAAUGUGGAAGAUGUAGUGGAUGCCGAGGAAAAACCGACUGUCGCCAAGCUUUCAAAGUUCAGAUGGCGUGACGUAUAUACCUUGGUGCAAAUACCCUCCACAUCCCCUGAUCAGGCCGUCAACAUGGAAGAGAAUGAUACGGUGCGCCCAAAGACUAAGGUCUGGCGCGCACCCAAGAAGCUGACGGCCGUUUUGGAAGAGAAGGAUAUCCCGAGG